UUAGGCAGAAAUUAUGAGAUAAUGGGCAGGCAGUGUCAACCCGCUUCUCGGCAAGUCAUGAGGUGGUUUAUGUCAGUAGUAAUAGCUCUGCACCUAACUUUUGCACCAAUUGCUUAUUCGUGACAGUCGCGCUUCCACACAGACGAUUUUUGUUUUUCGUGAGACCGACAUUUCAUUACAUAUACAAAAUUCACGUGUGUUAAGUUGCAUUAGAAGUAUGGGCAUACAAUGGAAAUUCAUUUGCAGGACCAGCUGGCAGAGUGUAGCUAAUACACCAUGAGCACUAUGCAAAACUGGCAAGUUGGCUUUCCUGCACAACAAAAAAUUUCUUCCACCACCAAAAGCUCAUUUGCAAAGCAGAUUUUUGGAUAGAGUGUGGAUUGUUCAAAUGUGGUGCUGGCUAUUGUUCUGUAAUUGGAGCCUUACUUGCUUCUGGAUUUCAUUAUUUCAUAAAUCUUUUUCCCAUAGUCUAAUUCAGAAAUUGGGUUCUCUCCCAAAUCUAGCUUGGCUGCACUUGUCUGUCAGAAUGACAGGGAUUGUCUGUCGCGCUUUUAUACCUCCUCCUACCUUCAUGUUAACACUCAAUAACAAACCAUUAAAGAUCUUGAAUAAGUCAAAAUUCAAAAGAGUAACCUAUUUAUGCAGACAGUGAUGCAUUCUGUCUUUUGCUUUCAUAAAAGAAAUGCAAAGAUUGGUCAGUCAACAGGUUUAUUUUGGUUAGAGGACAGUGUUGUAGUGUAGCUGCCUUCCAAUUUUUUCAAAUCGCCUAUUGCAAUGAGGAUACGGUGUUACCCCAUCUUCUAGCCAGAGUCAAGCUUUUUUCGCACAUUUUUUAGUUGCCCAUUAAUUUGCUGCUGCUGUGAUAAUACUUGUCAUCCACUACAACAUAUACAAACUGGAUAGUAUGUUAGGUCUGCUUUGAGGACUCACCCAGGGUAAGGGGUCUGCAGUAAAGGGGAUCUCUAGGGGCUCAUGGGUCAAUAUAUGGAGAUGCUGUUCACUAUUUCUCCAACAAGGGAUUACAAAGAGCCUCCUACAAAUAUUGCUCCCAGGAUUUAUACCUACAUAGUAUGUUUCCUCACAGAACAUUAUGAAGCCAACAGACAAAUGGCUGUGGUUUUUAAUUUAGAUGAAUAAAUAAGUAUAACGAGAAAUUAAUGUGGAUGAAAAGGCAACUUGCUGCAGAUGAGAGCCGAACCCACAUCUGCAUUACCAGCUGCCUACACCUAAGUUUCUGUUACUAAAUGAUGCCUGUUGUAAAAAAGCAUGUGCUUCAUCUGCCGCCAUGACCUCAAGUGGUGCUGGUGCUGGCUAAAAUUCUUCAUUUCCAGAUUUUGUACUCGCACAAAUACCCAAAAUAAGCGGAUGGGAGGAUAAGCGCCACAGCACAAUUGUUAGAGCAGCGUAUAUGGAAGGUGUUGGGCUAGUUUCCAACAGGGGCAAAUUGUUUUCUUGUCCACAUUCAUUUCCCUUUUCCAUAUUAUUUGUAAAAUGAAAUUUAAAGAGACAAUUUUCUCUAAGCUUUCACUCUUUUCUUCCUUUUUUAUGCUUUAUUGUCUGUUGGCUUUGUAUGGUUGUAACAAAAAAGUGGGCCCUUUGGUUCCCCUUCUCAUUAUCUUAGAACAUUGAAGUUUUGCUGGAAAGUGUUAGCCUGUCUGCUUUUGCAGCAGCAUUCUCAUCCUGGAUUUUGACUAAACGGUGCAUGAUGAGUAAAUGAAGUCGGUGCAACCUUUUGGCAACCUCCUCAGCUGCUUUAUUUAUGCAGGAUGCCGAAGCCAUACAGGGUCGUCAAAUUUCCAAUGGAGGACGACACCAUUGCUGUGGUGCCAUCCUCUUGGAUGUCAGAGGACGAGCGUUAUUGUUUCUGGCCCCUGCAUACGAGGGGGUCAGAAGUAAAAUCCUGGGUCCAGAAACAACGUCCCCCAAGUGAAAACUGGGGGACGUACCCAGCGGUAGUCCUGGCGAGGUGCAGCACUUAUGAAAAGGCGCAGAAGAGGGCCAAGAAGGCGGAAUGCCAUUCUGCUGUCGACACCACGGAGCUGUCGGGCAUUGAAGCUGGCCAUGGUGAAGAGGGGCGUGCUGCUUCACCUCGACUGGAGCUACCUGCACCCCCUUCACCAUGCCCUGCAAGGGCACCAGCAGGGGAAAGCGCCACCGGCACAUCCCCUUUGGAGCCACCACAAAGGGAAGGUUCCGAGGAGAUGAUGUCGGUGCUGCUGCGGGUGCUGCGGGUGCAGCUGGAGGUGCGGCAGCAGAACAGGGACGUCUUGCAUGAGCUCCAGCAGCUGUGGCAUGAGGUACGGGUCGUGUCCGAGAGGCUGGAUGAAAUUGAGCCUCUCGACAGGACCCUCUAA